CGUUUCCUCCGACUCGCGCUGUGCUCACAGUAGUCUUGCGCUGACAUGGCCAAGGUUUUCAAGAUCGUGCCGACGACGCAGAAGUAUGACUGGGGAAAGAUAGGGAAGACGUCCAAGGUCGCGCAGUACGCUGCUGCUGCCAAAAUCCCUGGUUUCACCCUGGAUGAGAACGCGCCGUAUGCUGAGCUGUGGAUGGGGACUCAUCCGAGCGGCCCCUCUCGUCUAUCUGGCUCCGAUACGACGCUCUUGGAGUAUUUAUCUUCUCAUCAGGAUCUAAUUGGAGAAAAGGUUGCGGAGAGAUUUAAGGAGGCGGGUGCUACCAAGGGCAACCUUCCCUUUCUGUUCAAGGUGCUUGCGAUCGAGAAAGCGCUCAGCAUACAGACGCACCCAGACAAGAAGACGGCAGAAAAGUUACAUGAGGCGCAACCUAACGUAUACAAGGAUGCCAACCAUAAGCCAGAAAUGGCACUCGCGCUGACCCCGUUCACUGCAAUGUGCGGUUUCGUCCCCUUACCUCAAAUCGCGACGUACUUGAAGUCAACUCCCGAAUUAUCUGCCUUAAUCCCCCCUACCAUUUCCAAGCGUUUCGUCUCAAUUGUCUCCUCUCCAGAAGCUCCAGAAGCGGAGGCGAAACAGGCACUGAAGGACGUCUUCUCGGCAGUGAUGUCUGCGGAGGAGUCCCUUUUCAAGGCGCAGCUCGAAAGGCUCGUCCAGCGAUACGAAGCAGGUCAGGAGCAGGAGGCUGAAAAGGGCAUCAAGGAGCUGGUAUUGCGUUUGAAUAGCCAGUUCCCGGGUGAUAUUGGCGUGUUCUGCGCGUUCUUGCUCAACUACGUUAAGAUGAACCCAGGCGAGGCUAUCUUCCUCGCGGCGGGCGAACCGCACGCCUACGUCUCCGGAGAUAUCAUGGAAUGCAUGGCAACGUCCGACAACGUUAUACGCGCGGGCCUGACGCCGAAACUGCGGGACAUCCCGAACCUGGUGUCUGGGCUCACAUACGGUGCAGGCGACGCGCGCAGGCACAUGGUGGCACCCGCGAAGUUUGGCCUUGCGGCGCACACGCAGUUGUACGACCCCCCCAUCCCCGAGUUCGCGGUGCUGCAGGUGCAGGUGCCGGCGGGCGAGACGGAGGUGCACCCGCCAAUCGACGGGCCUAGCAUUGCGAUCGUGACGGAGGGGCAGGGUGCGCUGGAGUGGGAUGGAGAGGAGCGGCUGGAUGUCUCGGAGGGCGAUGUGGUGUUUGUGGGCGCGGAAGCCGGGCUCAAGAUUGUUGCCGGCAGCGGUGGGCGGCUGACGGUGUAUCGGGCAUAUGUGGAAGUGUAGGCGAUCGUCCACCUCGGAUGACGACGUUUACUGUGCAGAGAAGUGUAUGAAUUUUUAAGCUUUCGACUUUCGAAGAAGAAGAGUGGCAG